UAUUUGUCAGUUUUUUUUCAUUGUCAGCAAUGGCUCGUAUGAAUAGACCUGCCCCUGUGGAGAUCACAUAUAAAAACAUGAGGUUCCUCAUCACCCACAAUCCUACCAAUGCCACCCUAAACAAAUUCAUUGAGGAACUAAAGAAGUAUGGUGUGACAACAGUUGUUAGAGUGUGCGAGGCGACGUAUGAUGCCAACUUGGUCGCAAAAGAGGGCAUUCAGGUCCUGGAUUGGCCGUUUGAUGAUGGAGCUCCUCCUUCUAACCAGAUUGUUGACGAUUGGUUGAAUCUGCUGAGGAUUAAGUUUAGGGAGGAGCCAGGCUGCUGCAUAGCUGUUCACUGUGUAGCUGGCCUUGGAAGAGCUCCAGUCCUUGUUGCCCUCGCUCUGAUUGAGUGUGGUAUGAAGUAUGAAGAUGCUGUCCAGUUCAUUCGACAAAAGCGUCGGGGAGCAUUUAAUAGCAAGCAGCUCUUCUACCUGGAGAAAUAUCGCCCAAAGAUGCGUCUCCGCUUCAAAGAUUCAAACGGUCACCGCAACAACUGCUGCAUCCAGUAGAGCUUUUCCUGCAGCCCUGCUGGAAACCUUUAAUCCAUAUAUUUCUGUAAUGUGUACAGUUAUUACUCAGAAUUGAUGAACAUGUGAAAAUACCGAAAAGAUUAAAAAAAAUAAAUAAAUCAAUUUUACUUGUGAUUAUCCCCAUGUGUGUUGAUUUUACAGUGUGGCCUCAUUUGACAAGGUGAGUGCUUAUUGUAUGAUCAUGUGAAAAUUUAACAUCUUUUGAUUCCAGCCAUCAACUUGUAUAAACAUUUUGUAAAGCUGUUACAGGAGUGCCCUCUGCCAAACAGUAUUGUUUUUUUUUUGUUUUGUUUUUUUUUAACAACUAUAUGACAGCAUAGGUAUCAUUUAAUCUUAUUGUUUUUGAAGAUCUUAAAAUGCCUUAGUAAAUUGAAAAGGAGGUUGUUUUAUGGGCAUUUGUGAAAACAGCUACACACAGAAAAUCAUGAAUUACAAAAAAAAAUGUAGAAUUGUGUGUAUGUGGAAGGUAUGGGAUCUAGUUUGUGUUGUUUAUCUAAACUUCGUUUACUAAUUACUGCCAUGUCGAUAGUGUUUUUUGUUUUGUGUUUUGGCUUCAAACUGGACCUCUGCGAUAUUUUGUAUGCCUUUUUAUUUGAUGUGCGUAACUUAAAAAUACUUGGAUACUUGAUUUAUGUACGGUAUUUGAAACGUGUACUAUUAGAUUGGCUAUUUAUACUAUCACUGGGUAUGUGUUUUAGUAUAGUGAGAAAAGUUGUAACUGUUGACUGAUGAGAGAAGACGUAAAAUAAAGGAAUAAACUGAGGACACGA